UUUAGCUUUGUGCAUGCAUUCGAACACAAACUCUGGUCGGCCGAUGACCAUCAAAGUAAUUUUCGAAUUUUCCCUAUAAAAACCCUAAACCCCAUAUUUAUCGUUAAAAUUGCUAUGUGGCCUUUGGCGGAAAUCUAAUAUCAAAGGAUAACAGCGGCGGUAUCAUGAAAUUGUUAACAUUUGCAAAAGUUUUCAAUAUUUUGUGUUACAAUGUGGCCAUCAUAGUUGCGCUGGGCCAACUGGCAUGUUGUGGCAAAAGCUGUGAACUGUUGGCCUUUAAAGAAUAUUUGGAUUUUCAACAUUUGAAACAGGCCAUUGUAAUCUAUGGUGGCGAUGAAGCGAAGGCUUAUGCUGCCGAAAUGGGCAGAAUGAAUAAUAGUUUUCUUAAAUUCUUUAACACCAACCAAUUGAAGGAAAACACCGAUUUUUAUCAAUUGCUUCGUGGAAAUUCGUAUACAGUUGGCAUCUUGAUGAGCCAUGCCAGUAGGAAUGCUGUCCAAGAUCAGUUGCUGGUUAAGGCAUCGGAGUUGUUUUCGUUUAACAACUCCAUUUCGUGGUUUGUCAUUUUGGAAAAUAAUUGUAACAUCGAAGGGGAAAUUUUUAAAAAUAUUCGCGAGACAUUCGGUCAUUUCAAUAUACUUUUCAGUGCGGAUUUCACGGUGGUUAUAAAAAAGAAAAAAUGUUAUUUCGAUUUAUAUGAUAUUUAUAAAAUAUGUUACAAAUGCAAUGAUGACCGUCUGUCUAUUGAGUAUAAGGGGAACUGGUCUCGGGAAAAUGGUCUGUCAGUUGCCGAACGUUUCAGACUUCCGUUUGUGCUCAAAAGGAAUAAUUUCCGAAAUUCUACGGUCAAUGUGGCUGCUGCGAUCCUCAACUACUCACCCAGCUUGAAUAUGACAAUGUCCGAAUAUUUGAAUGAUAACAAACGCUAUUUGCAAAAUGAUUUUAUGCAAAGGAAAACAUACCAACUAAUGACCAUAACCCAGGAUGUGUUUAAUUACAGUUUUAAUCUGAAAAUCGAAGAUAGCUGGGGUGUUUAUAAUAAUGGAACUUGGACCGGUGUCAUUGGCCUGAUAAAUUCCAACGAUGCUGAAUUUAGUUUAUCUCCGCUACGUUAUAUGACCGAGCGCUUGCAUGUGGUCAGUUAUACGCCGGUGGUGCAUGUCGAAUUGGUACGUUUUCUUCUUCGUCACCCGAAACGGACAAGCAUACGCAACAUCUUUUUCGAACCAUUAGCCGUCAAUGUGUGGUGGUGUGUCUUGGCCUUAAUUAUAACAACGGGAUUUUUGUUGGGCAUACAUGUCUAUACCGAAUACCAUUUAUAUUGGAAGAUGAAAAUGUUGCAACCAAACGAGACUGCUGCAACAUUUUACCAACUUGGCCCCGAACACAAAGUCGAUUUUGUGGUUUUGACCAUACUGGAGACGGCAUUUAUGCAAGGCCCCUCACCUGAACAGUUUCAUGCCAAUUCAACGCGUUUGCUAUUGACAUCGGUAUCUGUGUUCGCCAUACUGUUGAUGCAAUUCUAUGGUGGCUACAUUGUGGGCUCUCUGCUGUCCGAGACUCCGCGUACAAUUACCAACCUGGAUGCCCUGUACAGUAGCAGUAUGGAGAUUGGAAUGGAAGAUAUUUCGUAUAACUACGAUAUAUUCAAUUUGACAUCAAAUCGUGUGGCCCAAAAGAUGUACAAGAAUCGCAUCUGCAAAAAUGGCAAACGGAAUAUUGUGACAUUGGAGGAGGGAUUGCAGCGCAUAGCCAAGGGAAGUUUUGCAUUGCAUGUAUCACUGAAUAGAGCAUAUCAGCUGUUGACCGACAUGUUAACUGAAUCGCAAUUUUGUGAACUUCAAGAAAUUACAUUUAACAACCCCUUCGUAACGGCCAUUGGUGCGGCCAAGACAACGCCGUAUUUGAAAUAUAUCAAGAGUGCAGUUUUGAAAUUUCGCGAAGCUGGUAUAAUGAAAUACAAUGAUCUUGUUUGGAAGCUGCCCAAAAUCGAUUGUGCUGCCUUAGCCAAAGACGAUGUUGAAGUCGAUUUGGAACAUUUUGCUCCGGUAUUGGUAUUUUUGGCAUUUUCUAUUAUGAUUUCGGUAUGGAUUUUGAUGUUGGAAUUUCUCUAUAAACGUAUAGAAAAAAUGCUUCAUAUUAAUUAUGAAAAUAUGUGCAGAACUAUACGUAAAUGUUUAAAGAAUUAAGUCAAAUUGUUGAAGAGUGUGCAGAGUGAAAGAAAACCCAUGAGACUUGACUUGUAAUAAAAGGCUUUGAAAUAUAGGUGGAAAUGUAAAUAAAUGGAAAUGGAAAUGGAAAAAUAAAUAAAUAAAAAUAAUUAAAAUUGUUUACACAUUCGUUUAUG